GAAUAUUCUUAACACUUUCACAUCACAGGAGGGCUUCCAUAAAGCCCUGGAUCUUGUAGGAGCAGAGUUCAAGGACCGCCUGGAUUACUUCAUGAAGGCCUGGCUCCCGGCGAGAGAGAUUGUGCAGCAAGCUCUUCAGACCAGAUAUAAGGUGGAUCCGAGCGGAGAGCUGCUGCUGCUGGCUCAGGGAGGCUGUCCCUGGAAAGAGCAUCUCUUCUCACUGGAGAAGGAGCUGAAGGUGGACGUGCCCAUCAAGUUUGUGCUGUACUCGGAUCAGAACGGACACUGGAGAGUCCAGUGUGUCCCGGCUGGACUCAACACCUUCCAGAACAGAUUGAGUCUUCUGGAGGAAUGGCGAGGGGUCCGUGACGAGGCCCUUUCGGAUCUGAGCGGGAUUCCCGACUGCAUCUUCGUCCACGCCAGUGGCUUCAUCGGAGGAAACCGGACCCAGGAGGGAGCGCUGGAGAUGGCCAAGAGAACCCUGCAGACGGCACCCAGACCUUUAUCCAGCUCCUGACCGCUCGCUCACACCAGUACUGCUCUUGUGCUCGUGUUAAUGCUUUGGUUUGUAUUCACUUUGGAAAAUACAGAACUUUACAGAGA